AUGGCACCAACAGAACUUUUGGUACCAGCUGUAUUACUGGGUCUCGCCAACCAUGUUUAUUUCAAGCGUUAUGAACCAACAAAUGCCCAUACACCGCUCUUCUUCCUUAUCGCACAACCGUUGGGGUUGACUUACCUCGUCUCUGGCUCGCUUUCUGUUUCUAAUAUCCUCCUGGCUACAGCAACGUUCAUCGGAACACUUUCGACCUCCAUAGUCGCCUAUCGACUCUCUCCAUGGCAUCCACUUGCCCAUAUUCCUGGUCCUAUGCUGGCCAAAGUAUCCAAAUGGUGGGGGGUCAAGCUGGCGAUCAGCGGAAAUCGUGCUCGAUUCAUGAAGGAACAGCAUGAUCGCUACGGAGAUGUCAUCAGAAUGGGACCCAACGAGGUCAGCAUCGUCCAUGCGGACGCUGUGCGGUCUAUUCUGGGCACCGGCGGGCUUCAGAAGGGGUCAUACUAUGAGCCAUUUUCUGAUGCAACUCUGCCUUCGAAAAGUAUCGUCAACCUUAAAGGGGACAUGCAUGAUAAUCGACGCCGUAUAUGGAAUCGCGGUAUGUCGUCUGAAUCGCUUCGCGGUUAUGAAGGCAUUCUUGCUAUCCGACUUGAACAACUGCUGGACCGUCUCGAUGAAAUUGCCAAGACCCCCAAGGCCGAGCUUGACAUCAGCGAAUGGAUAAGCUACUUGACGUUCGACUUUAUGGGCGAUAUGGCAUUUGGGGGUGGCUUUAAUAUGCUCCUCGAUGGCGGCGAUAAGGACGGAAUGUGGGGUGUUAUCAAGCUUGGUGUCAAAGCCACCUCAAUUCUCGCCCAUGUUAACUGGAUCGUUCCCACUUUCAACAUGAUACCAGGUCUCAACGAAAUUACGGACCGACUUCGACGCUUUGGCAGUGAGAAUGCUGGUCGUAGGAUCAAGAGCGGGCCAAAAGAAACUCGUGACUUGUGGUAUCAUCUGAUGGACGAAGACAGCCACGAAAAGGUGAAACCCACGCUGCCAGAAGUGCUUGUCGACGGGGUGUUUGCAAUCGUGGCGGGAUCGGACACAUCAAGCGGCGCCCUCAAUGCCUUUAUGUGGUGCAUGCUGACUCAUCCAGACAUCUAUGCACGGGUGCAAGCCGAGGUCGACAGCGUUUAUCCUGACCCGCAAACUCUCUUCGACUCAGAGAAACACGGAGAACUUAAGCUCCUUACGGCCUGCUUCCACGAGUCCCUCCGGCUUUUCCCGCCUGUUGCCAGCGGUGGACCCCGCCAAGUCCCAAUCGGCGAAUCGAGAAUUGUCGCUGGUCAAUACAUCCCUGAACACACUCAGAUAUUCCUUCCCCCAUAUGCCAUUCAACGGUCACCCAAGCAUUACUUCCCUGCCCCAGACACCUUCGACCCUGAGCGUUGGCUCCGUGCUUCAUCGGAAACAGAUGCAGAUAACUCAAAGGAAAUCCUCAACCAUAACACCUUCCUCGCAUUCUCUUAUGGAGCUGCCAACUGCGCUGCUAAGCACCUUGCUUGGCGCGAAAUUAUCAUGGUUGCCAGUGCGUUGUUCAGACGAUAUAAUUUCGAGUUUGCGAAGAGUGGUACACCGCUGCAAACGACUCGAUGGGACGAGUCGUUGGGUGAUUACUACGUAACGGAAGCCGAAAAGCUCCUUGUACACAUAACUAGGCGGGAUUAG